AAUGCCCACUUCUUUUCGGAAGCGCGUCCAGUUCCAUCUCCCGUUUUCAAACCCCGGUACCCCCGAAUGAAUGAUGUCCCACACCCUAGCUGGUAGCCAUGCCUACAAUUAGAACGUUAACGAUUUUUUAAAAGUUUAUAGACGUGUUAGUGGAUAUUAACGAAAAUGCAGCGGUCUGAAGAAUUAAUAUUUAAAAUGAAUGUCGAAUCUGAUUUGGCAGACCGGAAAUAACGCAAACACUAGUGUAAUUCUUGCUUACGGCUAAAAUCCGAAUUAUAACCCGCUUCUUCGCCUUUAACAGUAACCUGGGUGCGGUAGGAGUUGUUCCAGCGCAAGUUAAGGAGGAUUGCAGUCUGUCGCUGAAAGUUUCUGCUAACAAUUUCCUGCUUGUUUGUAACUCCACAUUUAAAUCAUGAACUGUCUGAAACUCUCCACCGUCCUCCUUGUCGCCUUUGUGUUCCACCUCAGCUCGCUGGACGGAGUACGGGCUGUCCCAAGCAGGUACUCUGCGGUUCCCAGUGAGUCAGACACUGUGCUCCCUGAGUGGUACUCCUGGCAGAUCCCAGUGCUGAGGAAGAGGUCUCCCACUGGCGGGUCAGCUGCAUUCCCUGUGCAAGAGCCAUUUAAGCCAAAGAGCUUCCGUGUGGAAAAGAGAAUGUGCAACACUGCCACCUGUGUGACACAACGUCUUGCAGACCUUUUGAGUCGAUCCAAAACGUAUUUGGGUGCCUUUUACACACCAACAAAUGUGGGUUCAAACUCUUAUGGCAAGAGAGACAGCAUCGGACUGUACAACAGAGAAUUCCUCAGUUACCUUCAACGCUAGAACACAGAGCAACCCUGGGCUAUUUUCUAAAAGUUAGUGGGUUGUUACUAUAGCUCCCAUCUCGGUAGAGGUUGAAAGUGUUCAUCUGUUUUAGAAUUUCAAGCAGUUGUGCCCUGUUUCACUAUACCUGGCUUUUUUUUUGCAUUGUAACAUUGCAUGGAUAUGAUCAGGUUUAUUGCUUUAUGUAAGAAGUUCCCUGCAUGUUUUUAAUUUAAAUAAAGCCACUGGUACCUCACAAAUUAUCUAUAAUAAUUAAGUUAUUUGGAUUCUAUUAAAGACUAAUAUUGAGAAUUUUUUAAGAAGCUGGACAAUGUUUGUAUUUCUGUGUGGAUGACCCUGUUGCAAUGUGAAAUACCCAUUUGCAAGGCAUGUGCAGAAGCCUGUUAUUCAGCACUGAAAUUCCCAAACCAGACAACAGAAAUUGUGCAUCUGCUAUUCUUUUUGCUGCUGCAAUAUACGCUCUCUC